AUGAGUUUUCCUUUUCCAAAACUUCCAGCUGUUUUUAACAUUUGUUAAAAAUAAAUUAUUAGUCUACUACUUUGUGCUCGGUGAUUUUAAGACUGUUCAACAUCACAAAAUCAUGGCGUCCGCGAAAGAGAUUGAAGGACCGGUCGAAGAACAACUUGACAGCACUGAUUUGAGCCAUAUGAAGUUCUAUUCUAAAUUUGGUCGGAUUGAAGAUAUUUCCUCACGGAAAGCAAAUUCAACAGCGCAGUCUUCUGGUUCCAUCAAUUCCACCAAAAUGGAUCCUGAGACGGCGCGGUGCUUGUUCGAAGAGGGAGCUUUUCUCAUAUUCUUGGAUGUGCCUGAGAAAACAGAAUUCGGAAUUGACGUCUCUUCGUGGAAUGUCGGAGAAAAAUUUAAAGGAGUUAAAAUGAUUCCGCCAGGGAUACAUUUUGUUCACUACAGUGCCGUGAGCAAGCAUAACGUGACUGCACCCCGAACAGGAUUUUUUCAUGAUUUCAAACGAAAAGAAGUGGUCGUGAAGCGAUGGGAUCGCAAAAAUGAAGGAUUGGAUACCCUUCCUGUUUGCGCAGAAGAAAGCGAACGCUAUGCGUCCAGUCUGCAAAAUCUUGAUCCAUUCCUGGGUGCCUAUCCGUAUGACACCUACAAGCGCUGGAUCUCCAUGUCUCGAUGGAUAACCGAUAUUACGCUGCUUCGAUUAGUUCCCACUGGACCGAACGGAUGUAUUUUCGCCGUACAGCAGCUAGAAUCGCAACCAUAUGUCUGUUUAUCACGAUCCGAAAGUCCUUCCCGGAAACGGACGAAGGCUACAUUACCGGAGAUGAAAGUCUCCGAAGAAACGCGGAUACGAUUUUCCGACUUGUCAACCAAACGAUUGUGCCGUGGCGCACAGCCCAGCGACAUAACUAGCAUGAACAUGGACAAAAGCGUCUUCCUCGAUCACUGGAUUGCGGAUGAACUGCAUGGCAGUCCGGCGGAAGUGCUGGGUGAGGUGCAGUUCGCCUUCGUUUGUUUCUUGGUGGGGCAAGUUUACGAUGCCUUUGAACAGUGGAAGAAUAUUGUCGCUCUCCUGUCGCAGUGUGAAAAAGCGAUGCUUGAUCGUCCGGAUUUUUUUCUGGAUGUGAUUGGAUUGCUGUAUUUUCAAGUGCAGGAGAUACCCAAAGAUUUUUUUGUGGAUGUCGUUUCUCAGGAGAAUUUCUUGACCAAUACGCUGCAGUCGUUUUUCGCCAUUGCCGAACAUGCGGACGGUGUGGACGAGCGAUUACGCAGCAGAGCGGGACAAUUUAGAAAGUAUUUGCAGAAAAUGUUCAAAUGGGAUUUCAGUAUGGAAUCCAAUGAAGACGCGCCGGUGGUGGUUGAUUUAUAAGCUGUUGGCGGAAAGAGAUUUUUCAGUUGUUGUAUCGUUUUUUGUAUGAUGGAACAAAUUAGAAAAAUGGAUCGCAGUAUCGAACUGGUGAAGGUUAUUCCAUCUUUUAAACCGUUCUUACUUACCUUUUGUAAACCGAUUUAUUGGUUUGGACCGGAAAAAGUAAAGCUUAAAGCCGUUCGAGACAAAAUGUUGCACUGCAACAGUAGCAGUUCGGAAUUUUAAGAAUCGUUCGAUUCGUCAAAUUUCGGCCGGUACUUGUAUCGUACAGUAUCUGUAGAUUCUGUACGCUGUCAACAUCUUCUGAAUUCGAUGGGAGUAAAAUUACCAUGACCUUUUUAUGAUUUAUUUAAAACUUUGGACCGGCGUAAUUUUUGAACAUGCGCAGAUGAGUUAUCGUCAAUAUACGAUAAAAGUUAAGA